UCCUCCGACUCCACAGAGGCGCUUGUUGCACCUGGUUGUGCCUGGCGCAUCUUUUCCAAAAGCUUGAGAGCGCAACAUUUGGAUGCCAAGGGGUCCCUUGCUCUAAGAAGAAUAAUUAUUUUACUGGCUUUGAACCAGAGGUGGCUUAAGGCUUUAAUGAAAACCAACUGUGUCGGGAUGAAGACUGCCAAGUGGAGCUGGGAGCAUAUCCUUGUGAACAACUGUGCUUGCCUGAAAGGAACCCUUGCCCUGGCUGUGGUUGUAGGAAACAUUGUCUUGGCAAUAGCCCAGGACCAUGUGCCAGCUUCGAAUAGUCUUGAAGAAGCCGGAGCUGACAUUACGGCGUAUUGGUGGGGCGAGUGGACAAAAUGGACGGCUUGUACUCGGACUUGUGGGGGAGGAGUAAAGUCCCAAGAAAGGCACUGUCUCCGUCAGAGAAGGAAGUCAGUGAUGGGGUUUCUCAACAAAACAUGCACUGGAACUUCCAAAAGAUACCAGCUGUGCAAAGUACAACAGUGCCCUCCAAACGGCCGGAGCUUCCGAGAGGAGCAGUGCUCUUCCUUCAACUCGCAUGUGUAUAACGGGAGGACGUAUCAAUGGAAACCUUUAUAUCCCGAUGACUACGUCCACAUCUCCAGCAAGCCUUGCGAUCUCCACUGCACCACCGUCGAUGGGCAAAGGCAGUUAAUGGUCCUGGCCCGGGAUGGGACCUCUUGUAAAUAUUCGGAUUUCCGAGGGGUUUGCGUGUCUGGAAAAUGUGAGCCCAUUGGAUGUGACGGGAUACUGUUCUCGACCCACACGUUGGACAAAUGUGGCGUUUGCCAAGGGAACGGGAGCAGCUGUACCCACGUGACUGGGAGUUACAGAAAAGGAAAUUUACACCUUGGCUACUCUCUGGUGACUCACAUUCCUGCUGGUGCAAGAGAUAUCCAGAUUGUGGAACGGAAGAAGUCAGCUGAUGUUCUGGCUGUUGCUGAUGAAGCUGGCUAUUACUUCUUCAACGGCAACUUCCGAGUAGAUAGCCCCAAAAAUUUCAACAUUGCUGGGACCAUCUUCAAAUACAGAAGGCCAAUGGACAUUUAUGAGACUGGAAUAGAAUACAUCGUGGCUCAAGGACCAACCAACCAGGGCUUAAAUAUCAUGGUUUGGAACCAAAAUGGAAAGAACCCAUCAAUCACGUACGAAUACACUCUCCUGAGGAGGCCGCAUUCGAAAAACAUGCAGCCUGUUUACUAUACCUUCUCUGAAUCGGACAGUGAAGAAAGUCAAGAAGUUGAUGGAGAGGAGCCUCUGGGGUUUGUGCAGCACAACGCAAGUUUCUUUGGGGCUCUCUCCAAAGAAAAAAUCCAUCUGGAGAAUCACAUGUUUGGCCGGCAAGACACAGCUGAAGACUUGGACUUGAGCAAAAUUCAGGAGACCAAUGAAGUCUAUGAAAGGGUGGAAACCAAGGACUGUGAUCCAGCUCUGAAGGCAAAGCAGACUAAAGAUUCAAAUGCAACCAAAUCCAAUUACAUGGUCGAAGGAAACAGGAGGGAACUGGACUCCCACCUUGCUUCCAAAGAAUUUCUUUCAGAGAACUCCAUUCGCCACAAACAUUUGGACAAGACGUCCGACUCGAAAGAAUCCAACCAGAACAAGACCACAAACAGUAUCUUUGCUCCAAAGAAACUAACCAAUUCAGUUGGGUCCUACGCCGACAGUCUUUAUGUCGAUUAUGAUGACAGCGACGACGGCGUGGCGUACAUUGUUAACGGCACGUUCUUGGAGUUGAGCAGCGACAAAACCAUCAACACAUCUUCAGAGACCCAGUUUUCAAAUGCUACCAUCUCUGCCACAAUUCCUCAAGGGAACCGAACCCACAAAACCAGGAACCGGCUGAAACUGUUCCGAAAGGGCCAAAAUAUGAGUCCAGCAGAUAUGUACCGAUGGAAACUCUCCUCUCAUGAACCCUGCAGUUCGACCUGUACGACAGGUGUGAUGUCCACCUAUGCCAUGUGCAUCCGCUAUGAUGGGAUCGAAGUGGAUGAUAUGUAUUGUGAUGCCAUGACUCGUCCUGAGCCUGUCCAUGAAUUCUGCGCAGGGAGAGAAUGCCAACCUAGGUGGGAAGCCAGCAGCUGGAGCGAAUGCUCCCGGACAUGUGGCGAAGGGUACCAGUUCCGCAUUGUCCGCUGUUGGAAGAUGAUCUCACCGGGAUUUGACAGCUCCGUCUACAGUGAUCUGUGUGAAUCUGCUGAUAUCACUCGGCCAGAAGAGCGGAAGGUCUGCAAAAACCCAGCGUGUGGGCCACAGUGGGAAAUGUCUGAAUGGUCAGAGUGUACGGCCAAAUGUGGCGAGAGGAGUAUUGUGAGCAGAGACAUCCGAUGUUCCGAGGAAGAGCGGUUGUGUGAUGCCAACACCAAGCCGCCCGCCGACAAGAACUGCACAGGGCCCCCUUGCGACAGGCAGUGGACUGUCUCCGACUGGGGACCGUGCAGCGGAGGCUGUGGACAGGGCCGAAUGAUCCGGCACGUCUACUGCAAAACCAGCGAUGGGCGCGUGGUGCCGGAGUCGCAGUGUAACCUGGAGACUAAACCACUUGCCAUCCACCCCUGUGGGGAUAAGAGCUGCCCAGCCCACUGGCUGGCCCAGGAUUGGGAAAGGUGUAAUACCACCUGCGGCCGAGGGGUGAAGAAGCGGAUUGUGCUGUGCCUGGAGAUUGUCAAUGGGAAAAUCAAAACCCGCAGCCCAACAGAAUGUGACAUCACCAAGAAACCGACAGAGGAAACCACCUGCUUCGAGAGACCUUGCUUCAAGUGGUACACCACUCCUUGGUCUGAGUGUACAAAAACCUGUGGCAUUGGUGUGCGGAUGAGAGAUGUUAAGUGUUACCAAGGGAAGGACCUCGUCCGGGGCUGUGACCCUCUCGUGAAACCAGUCGGGAAGCAGACGUGUGACCUUCAGCCUUGCCCAACCGAACCACCAGAUGACAGCUGUCAAGACCAAGCAGGGACCAACUGUGCACUAGCGAUUAAGGUGAACCUUUGCAGCCACUGGUACUAUAGCAAAGCUUGCUGCAGGUCCUGCAGAGCCCCUCACUCCUAAGCAGGGACAGAAGGAGUGAGGGACUCACCACAACCAGCCAGAUGGAUGGAUGGAUAUGGAUAUGGAUGGAUGCAGUGGGAACAGUCGGGUGAGGCCUGGUGGUGGAGGACUCCUUCCUGCUAGCAUGGAGAACAAGGACCAGCAGCGAUCCUGGACAACCUUCCAAGGAGGCCUCUUGUUUCCCCACCUCUCUUCCAAAAUGGAGGGGCGUUGUUGGCACCGUGACUCCAUCACCUUCGUCCCCAGUGCAUCACUUGGGUACUACUGCUAACUGGCCCUCAUCGCUCACCGAGAAAAGAUGUGUACAUAGAUUCUUGAAUAUUUCUCUAAUUAUUCUCACUCCUGAAGGCUGCGUCAGCUUUGAAUUUCCUUUCCCUUGCUUUAUUAGCAAGGUUGGAACAGAAAAAAAAAAUAACCCCCUCCUUUGAUUUUCUUGAUACCCACUCACUUCAUUGGUCCCCAGAGUAAUUUUGUAUAUGCACACCAUAUUUCUGACUUGCAAUUUGCAUACAUUUGCAUCUGAAGCCUUUCCGACUGGCCUAGCUUGCAUCCAUUGGUACUCUCUCUCUUCUGGAGUUGCUCAGGAGGAAAUCUAAUAUUUAGGUGCAGAGAUGUCACAGUGAGUUCUCUGUUACUGGUGGCCAUGCUUGCCAUUGGCAUGGCAGAUGCUCUAUCUUGUCCAAAGAUGGAUGGGUCAGCUAUCAGCUUUUCCUUCUCGUAUGCUUCAAGCUGUCAACCUUUAUUUUGUUUAGAAAUUCUUUUUUAAAGUGUCACAUAUAUGUUAAUCCUUUUCCAGGUGUGUUUAAAAGAAUAAAGGGAAUGGAGGUGGUUUAAUGUAUGUGACGGAAUUGGCACUAGCCUAUCAUCCACAGCAAGCUUUGCUGCAGACUUACAGAACUGGGUUGCUUCAAAGCUCAGCUUUGGAGAGGGAAAGGUUUCAACACUUGGGCUGAAUCUAGGGAGGACACAGACCAUCCAAGCCUCUCUACAACCCGGUAAUCUCUACUAGUGGCGUCACUACCUUUUGUUGACUGUUCCUUUCCUGCCUACAUAUUCUCAUUCCUAAUUUUUGCCCCAUAAAACACUUCUUUUCGGGUUAGCAAUAAUGAGUGGAGAUUAGUGCCAAAGGCGACUUAAGCCAAAAGCUUGUAAUCAAAACCCAAAGCCUGCGAUCCUCAAUUAAAAUGACAUAAUGCCCACAUAUUCUAUAGGAUAACGAAAAGAAACCACCCAUAACUGCACUUUAAUAUCAUAAAAAGGAGCUGCGCGCUCAUUCUCUUUCUCUCUUUAAUAUAUUUGUUUACAACCAGUGAACUUUAUCCCUGUAACCGUAGAACUGUACCCUUAUGUAUAUUUUAAA